CCCCGCGCCCGCAGGGGAAGGCGCCGCUCCCGCCCGGCAGCGCGGGAAGGGGAGGGAACGGAGCGGAGCCGCCGGCGCAGCCCUGGCAGGUGGUGGCCCCGAUAGCUCCGCCGCGCUAAGCCGCUGCCAUUGCCGGCGCCGGCUGCAAGGAGAGCGGCGGAGCCAUGGAGCGCUGAAGAGCGGCAGCUAGCGGGGCUGACGGCGAACCUGCGCCCGCCGCAGGGAGAGCGCCAGAACCCACGGAGACGCCGCCGGGCGAAGGUUCCAUCUCUGAAGAAGUUGGAUUUAAUAACAAGAGGGUUUUUUUUAACGAGUUGCACUUAAAUCUUGAUAAUGAAGAAAAGCAGAAGUGUCAUGACAGUAACUGCAGAUGAGAAUUCUCUGGAUUACCUGGAGUGUGGACUGAGUAAGUCCUACAGUACCUCCAGCCAUGCCCUGGGCAUAGACCUCUGGAGAGGAAGGAGGUGUUGUUCUGGUAAUCUGCAGUUACCACCACUGUCCCAAAGACAAACAGAAAAAGCCAAGACACCGGACAGGGACAUUGUCUGCAGACCAACAACUCUGCCGCUGCUGACACCUCCGAGCAUUGCCAUCACUGCCUACCAAGACUGCUUCGACGUGGAGAAUGGCCCCUCGCCAGGACGCAGCCCACUGGACCCACAGGCCAGCUCCUCCUCGGGGCUCAUCCUGCACACCACCUUCCCAGGCCACAGCCAGCGCAGGGAGUCCUUCCUCUACAGAUCCGACAGCGACUACGACCUGUCACCAAAGACCAUGUCCAGGAACUCCUCUCUGCCGAGUGAACAGCACGGGGACGACCUGAUUGUGACACCUUUCGCCCAGGUGCUGGCAAGCUUACGAAGCGUGAGGAACAACUUCACGCUCCUCACCAAUCUGCACGGCACCGCCAACAAGAGAUCUCCAGCAACGAGUCAGCCGCCUGUCUCCAGAGUCAACCUGCAAGAGGAGCCCUACCAGAAGCUGGCCAUGGAGACUCUGGAGGAGCUUGACUGGUGCUUGGAUCAGCUGGAGACCAUCCAGACCUACCGCUCCGUCAGCGAGAUGGCAUCCAACAAGUUCAAGAGGAUGCUGAACCGGGAGCUGACACACCUCUCCGAGAUGAGCCGCUCCGGCAACCAGGUGUCCGAGUACAUCUCCAACACCUUCCUGGACAAGCAGAAUGAUGUGGAGAUUCCUUCUCCCACCCAGAAAGACCGAGAGAAGAAGAAAAAGCAGCAGCUCAUGACACAAAUCAGUGGAGUGAAAAAACUAAUGCACAGUUCAAGCUUAAAUAACACCAGCAUCUCACGAUUUGGUGUGAAAACAGAAAAGGAGGACCACCUGGCCAAGGAACUGGAAGAUCUGAAUAAGUGGGGUCUCAACAUCUUCAAUGUCGCGAGGUACUCCCACAACAGGCCCCUCACCUGCAUCAUGUAUGCGAUAUUUCAGGAGCGAGACCUGCUGAAAACCUUCAAAAUCUCGUCAGACACGUUCGUGACGUACAUGAUGACGCUGGAGGACCACUACCACUCAGACGUGGCUUACCACAACAGCCUCCAUGCUGCUGACGUUGCCCAGUCCACCCAUGUUCUGCUCUCUACCCCUGCACUGGAUGCUGUCUUCACUGAUUUGGAAAUCCUUGCUGCCAUUUUUGCAGCUGCAAUCCAUGAUGUGGAUCACCCUGGGGUCUCCAAUCAAUUCCUCAUUAAUACAAACUCUGAGCUGGCCCUGAUGUACAAUGACGAGUCCGUCUUGGAGAACCACCAUCUGGCUGUGGGCUUCAAGCUGCUGCAAGAGGAGCACUGUGACAUCUUCCAGAACCUGACCAAGAAGCAGCGCCAGACACUCAGGAAGAUGGUGAUUGACAUGGUAUUGGCAACAGAUAUGUCCAAGCAUAUGAGUCUGUUAGCUGAUCUGAAGACUAUGGUGGAAACAAAGAAGGUGACCAGUUCAGGAGUCCUCCUUCUGGACAACUACACAGACAGAAUACAGGUUCUCCGCAACAUGGUGCAUUGUGCAGACCUAAGUAACCCCACCAAGUCUCUGGAGCUGUAUCGGCAGUGGACAGACCGCAUCAUGGAGGAGUUCUUCCAGCAAGGAGACAAGGAGAGGGAAAGAGGAAUGGAAAUCAGCCCAAUGUGUGACAAGCACACAGCGUCAGUGGAGAAAUCACAGGUGGGAUUCAUUGACUACAUCGUCCACCCGCUAUGGGAGACGUGGGCUGACCUGGUGCAACCUGAUGCCCAGGACAUCCUGGACACAUUGGAGGACAACAGGAACUGGUACCAGAGCAUGAUACCUCAGAGCCCAUCCCCUCCACUUGAGGAGCGGGGCAGGGACUGUCAGAACCUGAUGGAGAAGUUCCAGUUUGAACUAACAUUGGAGGAGGAGGAUUCGGAUGGGCCGGAGAAGGACAGCGACAGCCUGGGCUACUUCAGCAAUACAAAGACACUCUGCGUGGCUGACCCAGAGGAAGAGGAUGCCCAGAGGGAGGCGAACAUAGAAAUUGUGACAGAAGACACAUCUCCUGUGGACACAUAAUGUCCUGUCCCCGUGUGAGUGGAUUUUCAACACUUUGUGAGCGUUGCAGGCGGUCUGGCGGACUCGCCCGUAGCCUGGGUCUGAGGCCUGUGUCCAACACCGGCUGACAGAUCUUCCCAGCUGCUUGAGAUUGGAGUCAGGGUUGAAGAUGGUGUUAGUGGUGAACGCUUGACGAUUGCUCAGGAAAUUAACAGGUGAUUUGAAUUGUGGUUUGAGCCCACUGAGAGCGUGGCGCGGGCCUGGAGCUGGCUUUGGGGUGAUGACUGAAGAGUGACCGACACACAACUGAGAGAAUUCUUUUCUACUGCUAGUUUCGGAAUUUGUACCGGUUUAGACUGAUAGAAACUACUGAUGAACAAGUCUCCAUGUGCAACCUGUCCACCCAACCACCUGUCUGCAGACCUGUGUGCCUUCUUUGUAAACACUUUCAUGUCCUUUUUUCAGGAGUCUCGUAAAUUUAUCUACACGGGGUUUAGUACAACAGAAGUGUCUCCACCAGUUGACCGACAACCUUCUUUUGAUUCUUCCUGUUAAUGAGAAGCAGUCUUCCUUUUUUUCAUGGGCAAUACCUUGUCACUUUACUGCAGUUACUCACUUUUGACAGCCUCAACGGGAGGGAAACCCCUCUGGUUUCAGUCAUCUUCUCUGGUUGGCAUCGCUUCCAUCGUUCUUCUCAGCGCCUCCCCAUUUCGGGUCACCUCAUGCCAUCUCUGUUUGCUUGAUAGGAAUAGCCACCAGUGUUUUCUCUCCUCUGUGGGGUUUCCUUUCUGUCGUGUGCAGGAUAGAGGAUAGUUUGAUCCCUAUCUGAAGUCAAUGUGACGAGGCAGCGUGUGACACACUCGUGUGUGAUUGCCUGUGUGUCCCAUCCCCCCCUCGGCAGCUCCUCGGCUCAGUGGAAUUUGCACGCUCGGGUAAUUUGUGUUCCUCCUGCCUAUCGUUCCUUAGGUUUAGGUCCACCUUCCUCCUCCUCCUCUUCCUCCUGCACUGCCUCGAGCUCUAACACCUCCAUUACUGUUUAUAACAGUGUAUUUAUUACCUACUGUACAUACUGUAAUGUUUUGUAAGUUAUUAAUUUAUAUGAGUUGGCAUCGCCUGGCGGCGGCGAAGUUAACAGUGUAGAAAACUCGGGAUAAGAGUUGCCUUUGUUUUCUUUUUUGUUUUGGUUUUUUUUGGGUUUUGGUUGUUUUUUUGUUUUUGUUUUUCUCCUAACCUUUUAUAUUGGGAUAAAAUACCAAAACCUGAACAUAGCUGAAGAAACAGACACAACCCAGGAAGGACAUUUUGAGUGGAAGCCACCACGCAUGGUGAAGAUGCAAGACCCCUCCCCAAGGGCAGCAAGAAACACUCAAAACAUUAAGGGGAAGAACCCAAAAAUUUAACUCACCACCAACGGGGUUGGCUUUUUGAUGUCACCUUCCCAAUUUCUGAACAACCCAAUGUGAAUUUCUGUCACAAAGGCUGAAAAAGGAAAAAAAAACCCACACAAACAUUUAAAAUAUAUAUAUAUAUAUAAAAAAAUGUGAACUGAUGUCAUAAUUGUGCUGUGAAACUUCUUCUUGACAAAGCUUGUCCGGCAUCGUGAGCGGUGUCAAACCUCAGUUUGUAAAAUAACUGUUUCAAGCUUCUUUUUUUUUUGUUGGUUGUUUGGUUUGGUUUGGUUGGUUGAGGGUUUUUUACCUUUUUUUUUUUUUCCUUUUUUGGUUUUUUGUUUGUUUUUUUUUUGGUCCAAACUUUGUGACUUUGAACUAGUUAAUGACAAAUAGCACAGUUGUGCAUGAUUCCAUGGGUUCGUUCGUCUGUUGAACGCUGCGUUGUUCUGGGUGGUUAUUUUAUUGUUUCCAACAAAAUGUUUCACACGAUGUAUGUUAUAGUAUUAUUAAUUAUUAUUGUUAUUAUUAUUCUAUAUUGUGUUUCAGAUGCAUUCUUAAGAGAUUUUUAUAUGAAGUGAAUAAAUGAAAGCAUGACCCUGCC